AAAAAACAACUGUCAAUAAGUAAUGUCAGUGUCAUAUGGAAUUGUCCAUCUAGUUUAAUUUUAAUAAUAUUUAUAAUUUAAUUUACUUAUAAUUGGAAUAAUUUAUAUUGAAAACUAAUGAAAUAUCAUGUGAUUGUAAUGUAUUUUCGCCAUUGAACAAGUAAAUAAGUGAUCAAUAUAUUAUAAAAUUUUCAAUAGCUUUUCACUUUCACCUGUAAUUUUUCUAUUCAUAAUUAUGGGGGACAUCCAAGAAGCAAUUGACAAUCCCCUCGACAUAGACGGAAGCAAUUUCAAUGCAGAUUUGUAUUUAGAGAAUGUGAUGAAACGAGCCACUCUCAGACAAAUCAUGGACAAGGAAGCCGAAAUAGUCACCCAGAGCCAGUUUCUACAGUCUGAAAUGCAGACUUUGGUCUACGAGAAUUAUAACAAAUUUAUUUCUGCAACGGAUACAGUACGAAAAAUGCGUUCAGAUUUCAGAAUAAUGCAAGAGGAAAUGAACAAACUUAGUGAAAAUAUUAAUAAAAUUACUUCAUUCAGUGCACAAAUAUCUGAAUCGUUAAAAGAAAGUGGUAAUAAUGUCAGUAGACUAUGUGGCACUCGACAGUUGUUGGAUAAACUUCAGUUUUUAUUUCUGCUCCCUUCUCAGUUGAAUAAAGCAAUAAUUGAGAGUAGAUACGCUGACGCAGUACAUGACUACACUCACGCUCAAAGAGUGCUCCAAAAGUAUGGAAACCAACCCUCAUUUCAAAGUAUUCAAACGGAAUGUUCAGAAAUCAUUUAUGGGUUAAAGAAGACACUCAGAGAUAGAUUGCUCAGUCCAGAAACCUCUGCUUCUGAGUUAGCUGAAUGUGUUGGCCUUUUGAGACAACUACAGGAGACUGAUUCUUCUCUAAAAGAUAUCUUCUUAAGCUGUGCUGAAAGUAGAUUGGAUAAACAUUUGCAGACGCUUAGUGGAAUGGUUGAGAGCACAGACAUCUUAGAGUGGGUGGAAAAAUGCAAUCAAACACUGCUCGCUGAUUUGGGGAUCAUUAUAUCAUGCUACCAUGAAAUGUUUCAGGACAAAGAGGAUACAAACAUUCCAGAAUUUGCAGACAAAAUUAUGUUGCAAGUCUUCCAUUUAUUUGAAGAAGUUGCCAAACGGCCAGAUAAUGUUGGUACGGAAAUUUUAAUUAGAGGUCUAGAUAAAUUCUUUAGGAAAUUACAAGCAAUGACAGAAAUAAUUUCAAGUGAGACAAUGUCUAACAAGGCAACGGAAAUUGUAAUACAAUGUAUCAAUAACAAGGCCACAAUACAGUAUCAGUCUAUUCAGACACAAUUCAAAGAGAGCUUGAUGAAAGUAAGACUGUCCCUUGCUAGCAAAAGUACUGAAAAUACUGAUCUUAAAGACAUUUUGAAUUCCUUACAAGUAUACUUGAUGCAAAAAGUUCAAGCGUCACUUUUAGAUCUAAUGGCAUUUUUGCAAAAUAACCUUUCCUUUGGACUCAAAUCGUGGUGCGCUAAAGCAGUUGCUGACACAUGCUGGAAGGUAAUCUCGGAGACAAUGGCAAACCUUUCAGAAAUGGUUAAGAAAAUGGCCUGUUUGCAAACAUCAAACAAUAAUAUACCAUUUGAACUUUUACUAAUUCUUGCUAAACUGUGCUUAGAAAUGCAAGAGAAUGGUGUCACUACACUCCACAGUCACUUGCUAAAACUUUUAGAGGAGGCUGCUCCUGGUUUGACUAUUGAAAAUAAAGACACUAAUAGUAUAAUGGUUAAUUUGUCUACAGCUGCACAGUCUGCUUUGGACUCUGAAGUGAUAUUUAUUGGUCAGACUGCAGCCCAAAUGUUGAGAGUCUCGGUGCUAGCAAGAGAUUGGCUACGGGCGCCUGAACCAAGAGGACCCAGGGCAGUCUGUCGCCGAGUUGUUGAGACUUUAGCUAGUGCUGACAGUGCUGCUUCUCAACUAUUCCCAACUAGCGUAAAGCCAUCUAGUGACUCUAGUAGACGCACUAUUUGGUCCAGAGCACCAUCUUCUUUCUCACCUAUUAAUAGAAUUUUCUCUGAAAGAAUUGAAGUAUUUAGCCCAGCAGGGGCAGAUAGAGCUGCUUUAUCAAAUGGUGCCCUGAAAGUAGCUUUAAAAGCUUUAGUAGAGUGUGUUAGACUUCGAACAUUUGGUAGACACGGUCUGCAACAAUUGCAAGUGGAUGUACAUUUUCUACAACAGAGAUUGUCAUGUAUGGGAAAUGAUGAGAGAUUGCUAAAUGCUUUGUUGGAAGAUGCCUUAUCGUCAGCACAGUUGAGAUGUGUGGAUCCCCAGUUAAUGGAACCAAGCAUAGUAGAUAUUAUUUGUGAAAGAGGCUAAAUAAUGUUAUUAGAUGUUGAUAUAUCCUCUUUGUAAUUUAUGUAUAUAAUGAUAAAAUUCUAUACAAAGCUGUUUUUUUGGUAUAUAAAAAGUAAAAUAAAUUAUGUGUAAUAUUUUUAAGCUUGUAUUUUACGAUAAUAAUUAUGAGCAAGCAUAUAGUCAACUUUAUUGUUUUAUUAAGUUAAUACCACAUAAACCAAUAUAACUUUUAUUUCAUGA